AAGUUGUUGUUUUAGUUGCUCGCUUAAGGUGACCGGAAGUAAGUUACUAUAUUUGUUUCGUAAGAAUUAUUAGGUGGAGUUUAUAUUGGCUUAGCUGUGUAUGUUGUGAAACUUAUCGUAGGUGAAUGUUUGGAAAAAUGUUGGCCUUUAUCGGUUUCUGCUUGGCUUCCUUACUGCACGUGCCUGUCCAUUCAUCUUUCACAGUACCUGCUGAAAUGUUAUCCCCACUUGGUGUUCCUGGAGCUAUGGGACCUGCUGGGAUGACUGCUGUUAAGCUAGCUGUUGGAAGCCGACUACUAAAUAUGAUAGGCACGCUAGGUGUUGGAUCAACUGGAAGCCUGGCGUCUAGCCUUCUAGGUUCUCAGAAAGGCCCUCAGCAGCUGUUCGGUGGAGGCAUUCCUGGGUUUCCUCAAAUUACUCCAAAAAGUAAAGAAUUUUCUAAAAGGAGAGGACCCAACAUACCAACUUCCUUUAACAUUCGCGAAGCAACUCCAGCUGAAAUCGAGAAUUUCUUUGGCGUUUUGCACAGAGUUGAUGCCAAUAAAUGCAUAUCUAGACUGGUGUGUGAAAUUGGUUCAAAUCCAAAAGUCUUGGAAGGUCUUGGGCAUAACAUAAAAGACGUAAUGGGCUCCCUUAGGGUUUUAGAAAAGAACGCCCUUUCUACGAAGUAUCGUCAGAUCAUGCUGCAAGGUCAAAAAAAUGGCGCUGAAAGUUGCGUCCGCAAUUUUUCAACAUGUGAUCAGAAGUCUUACCGCCUCAUCAGGACAUUUGUUCGAGCAUUCAGAGUUAGACAAUGAUUUUGGAAUUGGUGCUAUUCAAGAACAUGUAUAAAACUUCAAAAGUUAAUUUGUCGGGUUUCUUGUAAAAACUUGAGUUUUGUAGCUUGCAAAAUAAAUCUAAAAUAUUAUAAGCGAA